AUUCUUCACCUCCCUCCCUCCCUCAACAAAUUCCUCCCUCAGAUAGCGUCUUAUUUUCUCUGCAACACGCACGAAUCGCCACUAUACGGCCUGUCUCCGUCGUGUCCAGAAUUAGUGCUCUUUUCCGUCAUAUUGCUAAUUGCUCUCCUCUCCCGGAAAAGUUUGUUGGAGUGCUAGAUUUGAAGAGAGGGGCGUCCCAACUACCGCUGCUCGAUUUCUUCCGAUUCGCUCGCCGGAAAUGCGAUUUUCCCGAUGAUAUUCAGGCGACCGGUGAUGGACAUCGAAGGCUGGGGCCGUCGGAACAGUAAUCCCGUCCAGAGAGAGUCAUGGAGAACGGUGUUGGCCCUGGCGUACCAGAGCCUGGGCGUGGUUUACGGAGAUCUGAGCACUUCUCCGUUGUACGUCUACAAGAGCACCUUCGCGGAGGACAUUCACCACUCGGAGACGAACGAAGAGAUAUUUGGCGUCCUGUCGUUCGUCUUCUGGACUCUGACUCUGAUUCCGCUUCUGAAAUAUGUGUUCAUCGUGCUGCGAGCGGACGACAACGGAGAAGGCGGCACUUUCGCCCUGUACUCUCUGUUGUGCCGCCACGCCCGGGUCAGUACCCUGCCCAACGGUCAGGUCGCCGACGAGGAGCUGUUCGAGUACCAGAGCGAUGCGAUGAGCGGCGGUCUGCCUGGAGGUGGCGGUGAUAACGGCGGCGUUAGGCUGAGCUUGAGGUCCACGCUGGAGAAGCACCAUUGGUUGAGGCGGGUAUUGCUCGCCUUGGCUCUCAUAGGUGCUUGUAUGGUCAUUGGUGAUGGCGUCCUAACCCCUGCUAUUUCAGUGUUCUCUGCUGUGUCUGGAUUAGAGCUCUCCAUGUCAAAACACCAUCAUGAAUACGUAGAGGUUCCAGUGGCAUGCGCGAUACUGUUGCUGAUAUUUUCAAUACAGCAUUAUGGGACCCACCGAAUAGGAUUCCUGUUUGCGCCGAUAGUGGUGACGUGGCUUGUGUGCAUCAGCAUGAUCGGAAUGUACAACAUCUUCAAGUGGAAUCCACAUGUGUACCAAGCACUCUCCCCAUACUACAUGUACAAGUUCUUGAGGAAGACCCAACGCCGUGGUUGGAUGUCUCUCGGCGGCAUCCUGUUGUGCAUCACAGGUCGGUUGAAUUUGUUGGUUGGUUGGUUUACACACUCUUUUAAUUAAUUCUCGUCUUCGGAUGAUUGGAUUCGAU